GGGGUUAAGAAAACAUUUAUAAAAAUAGUAAAAUGUGUAUAAAUUUCUUUAAAAAUAAUCCGAGGCAUAUUAGCAAAUUUAGAAUAACACCUGCGGAACAUGGUGAUUGGAUUGCUUUUAGCGACGGGCGCGUCGUUAACAGCCAGUGUUCUAGUCAUCCAGGUGGCAAUACUGCCACUCGUCUUUAAGUACAGCAAGUCCGUACAGAGGAAAAUGGUCUUUUCCAAUUGUAUCAAUUACCCUCGAAACUUGGACUACGAGAAUCCGUCUAGCUGCAAUGUCGUCGGCGGGAGAAACUUCAGCAUUCCAAUUUUGUCGAAAGUUGAUAAUUGCGAAAUUAAAAUCGGUGUAUGGCAUAUUGUCCCUUGUUCAAUGUUCAGAGAUGUGUUCGUGGUAAAAGAUUACGUUAAUCUGGACCAGCGGCUCCACAACGAAUUGCGGCGGACCAAGAACACGAUUGUGCUGUACUGCCAUGGUAAUUCUAAUCACAGGGCGUCACCUCAUCGUCUCCAACUUUACAAAGUCUUUCAGGAUUUGGACUUCCACGUUAUCACGUUCGAUUAUAGAGGUACAUUAU